AUGGAUCUGUUCUCUUUGUUAUUGCUUCUGCAAUCCCUUUCCUCAUCUUAUGCCCAGAAUGCAGGCAAAAUCAAGCCUGAAAAGCCCGUCCCAUUCAUCGUAAAAGAGUGUGCAAGUGGAUCAAACUGCAAGGAUCUUUCUGGUGGCCUGACGAUCGAUGCCAAUUGGCGUUGGACACAUGAUAAGGAUCAGGAAGGCCAGAAAUGUUACGACGGGAGCGCCUGGACUCAAGCUUGCUCAGGCACCGGUGAAGAAUGCGCAAAAAAAUGCGUGAUCGAAGGUGCCGGAGACUAUGACGCUACAUACGGUGUCAAAGGCGAUGGAAAAGAUGGUGUGACUCUGAAAUAUGUAACCAAGAAUGACAAUGGUAAAAAUGCUGGUUCGAGGAUGUACUUCCUCGAACAGGGCGGCGAAAAGUACCACAUGUUCAAGCUGAAAAACAAGCAAUUCGAGUUUGAUGUGGAUGUGUCCAAUCUUCCUUGUGGUGUCAAUGGAGCUCUGUACUUUACGGCCAUGGAACAGGAUGGUGGAAAGUCAAAAAACCCAACCAAUGGGGCAGGGGCAAAGUAUGGCACUGGUUAUUGUGACGCGCAAUGCCCCAAAGAUAUCAAGUGGAUCAAUGGAAAAGCAAACAACAAGGGCUGGAAAGGUGAUGGAGCCAAUGUAGGAGCAGGUGAUAUGGGAGUGUGCUGUCCUGAAAUGGACAUUUGGGAAGCAAAUUCAUUUGCCCAGGCAUUCACUUCACAUACCUGCAAAUCCCUAACAGCGGCGGUAUGUACUGGUGAUCAAUGUGGAGCUACGAGUGCAAGCAGAUACAAUGGGUUUUGCGACAAGGAUGGCUGUGAUUUUGCUUCUUAUCGUUGGGGUGCUAAAGAGUUCUACGGUCAAGGCAAGAAAGUGGAUACCAGCAAGAAGUUCACAGUCGUCACCCAAUUCAUUACCAAAGGCAAUACCGAUGAUGGAGAGCUCAUCGAAGUCCGUCGAAUGUACCGUCAGAAUGGGAAUCUCAUCAAGAACGAAGCCGUCAAAGUUAAAGGACUUGAUAAACCUGCAGACUCGUUGACCGACCAAUUUUGUCAGGCGAACAAGGCUGCCACUGGAGAUCAUGACUCCUUCAAGGAUCGUGGGGGUAUGAAGGCAAUGGGAGAGGCAAUGAAGAACGGCAUGGUUCUUGUGCUGAGUAUAUGGGACGACGCAACGGCCAAGAUGCAGUGGCUUGAUGGUAUCUAUCCUCCAAAUGGCUCUGCUGACAAGUAUGGCGUGAAACGCGGACCUUGUGACCCUAAUUCCGGCGAUCCAGGACCUCUUCGGGACAGCAAACCAGAUUCCCAAGUCACAUUUUCAAACGUCAAGAUCGGUCCAAUCGACAACUCAGCUGAGAAAUCCACUCCUGCCAAACAGAAACGGUCCACCUUUUAUAUCUGA